UAUGCUGUCAGCUCGGAGAAAAUUCCCCUGUUCAUAGUCAGAGUGUAGCCCGAGAACACUUUCUUCCUCACUUUCACAACCACUUUCUUCUUCCACACAUCUAACAACUUCCAGCACUAUUCUGAAAGGGGGGAAAGAUGUUCGUCAUUAUGCCAUUUUUAAUUAUUAUCCUGUCAUCAGACUACAGCAAAGGUGAAAUACAGCUGCGUGCUUUCAAACACCAGACAGUGAAUUGCAAUGAGAGGAUUGUCUUACAAUGCAAUAUCAGCUCAUCAACGCCAUUGAACAUUGUUAAAGUAUACUGGAAAAAAACAGAAGAGAAAGAUUUUGAAUGUGAUCCAACAUCCAGCAAUAGACCACCAGGAUUUGAGUGCAACUACACAGGAGAAGCACUGACAUUAACCAUCUCAAAUCCUACACCAGCAAACAUGGGCUCGUAUUUUUGUUGUAUAAAGACGGACUCUGGACAUGGAGCAAAAGAAAUCAAUCUAUCUGUAGGACAAUGCACCGGAGAAUUCUCCCACCAGAUGGCUGAACCCAAACAAAUGCAGUGUAGCUUUAAUGGUAUGUACCCAGAAGGCAUGAUAAACUGGUUUCAUUAUGACAAGAACCUGACUUCCAGCUCUACAGUCACAAGCCUGGUGAACUCUGAUGGAACGUUCAACAUCACAAGUGUCCUAAACAUCCAGGACGAUCAAGAGAGAUAUAAAUGCUCACUGUGGUCACUCAAACACGGACAGUACCAUAAAGAUCAAGAGUUUGAAGUCCCAGUUCAUGCUGAUUCCAGGCCCAUUAGCAGGAUCAGCACACAACAUUGUUUAUCAUGGACUCUUAUCCUUCUUAGCCUGAUGUUGUGUUUGAGAGCCUGUUUGUCUCUAUAAUCUGUACAUGCCAACUCAACCCAACUAUCACAAGACCUGAUGACAUAACCACAGAUCUGGUGGGUUUUAAUAAAUGGAAUUUGCCAAAUAAACUGACCAUCUAAUCAAUAUAGUGGUAGAAUAUUUGCCUGCCAUGUGCUAGAUCUGGAUCUAAUUAAAGACCAGGGAAUAUAAAUCUUGAGUUUUACCUGAAGACAUAGCCACAGGAUAUAGCAGUGAACUGACACCCACAGCUUCUCUUUUACUGAGUUAUGACUGGAUUCAUUUAAGAAAAUGCACUGACAUGA